AUGACUGAUUAUAGCAAGUGGAAAGUCACCGAGCUCAAAGCGGAACUAAAGCGUCGCGGCGUGCCGCAAACUGGGUUGAAGCUGAAGCAAGACAUUGUUGACAAACUUACCCAGUUAGAUUCAGAGCUUCAGGAAGAGCCUACUUCACAAGAGAAUGUCCCCGAGCCAUCUACCGACGAGCGAAAAAAUGAGGAGGCAAAAGAGAAAACGCCGCAAGUGGAUGAAACGGCUGGAUCGCAGCAAUCCGUAACCGAGUCGCUUCAUACAGAGAAGGAACUUAGUCCUCCAAAGGUUGAUCAGGACCAAGUCGCCUUGGAUACUCAACCUGUGGCUAAUCCCGACAAUGCUGCCCGAGAUGGAAAUCAAGUUGAUAAAGUUGACGAGCCAUCGCCGAUUGAGCACACACCGACACGUCCAACAGAGCCUACUUUUGCUGCGAAGGAGAUCGAAGCAGAUAACUCACAACAAAUAGUGGACGUUGAAAAUAAAGAAAAGGACGAAGCAAGGAUACUCGAAGUCCCUGCUGAAGCUCCAGUGACUACAGAUCCGUCUGUGUCAGCUCCUUCAGAAGCAGAGUCAGAAAUGCGCAAACGCAAACGCCGGAGCCAAAGUCCACCUCCUUCGGCCGACACUAUCAAAAAACCAAAAGUGGACAAUAGGACCCCUCAAGUUAUUCUGCAGGAAGAUGUGGUUCCUGAACGUCGGGAUGAACAGGGUGAUCAGCUACCUGUCACCAGACCUGAAGCUUCAGAACAAGCACAAAUCGAGGUGGAGACAUUUGAUAAGAAAGACCAAUACCCAGAAAGACUGUCCCAGUCAAUAACAAGCGAAAGGAUCAACGCUCCACUUGAACGUCCGGACCAUAGAUUCAAAGACUUAGUCUCUGAUAAAAAAAAGAGAAAGCGCACCCCAUCCCCGGAGCAACUUGCGCCAGAAGAUGAGGCCCCGGUAGAAGCUGCGCUUCAUGCCGCUACGUCUGCCGUGUAUAUACGAGAUUUGAUGAGACCAUUACAACCGACUAGCCUCAAAAACCAUCUAAUAUCUCUUGCUUCUUCACCAGAGCAUGGUAGUGACGCCAAUGUAUUACUUGAAUUUUUUCUCGAUCCAAUAAAGACACAUUGCUUUGCUCUCUUCAGAAGCGUGUCUGCUGCAUCGAAAGUGAGAUCCAGAAUCCAUGGUGCAGUGUGGCCCAACGAGCGUGACCGCAAGCCUCUGUGGGCAGAUUUCAUACCGGAGGACAAGUUUAGCGAGUGGGUCAAGACUGAGCAAGAUUUGGCAUCUCAGAGCCGAGGUAGCAGUACACGGUGGGAGGUUGUCUACGAAAGGACUGAUAACGGGUUCGAGGCUUUUCUACAAGAAUCCCGUGGCACCUCUUCCGCGCCUGCACCGAAAACUACCGCUCCUCGCCAGAGUCAUGACCUGGGAUCGAAGCGAGAGGCUCUACCUUCAGCACCUCAAUCUCAACAACAGGCUGGCGAAGGCUUCAAAGCGCUGGACGAACGUUUCUUGUCAACACACACUAAGCCAAAAAUAUACUAUCUUCCAGUAUCUCAGGAUAUUUUGGAAAGGCGCCUGAAUCAAUUCGCCAAGAUCUCACGCAGGGGCUCUCAACAGCACCAUCAACCUGGUGGUGAUGACAUGCGGCGCAUAACUUUUGAAGAUGUUGAUGUCUUUGUCGACGGCGGCCCAGAGUAUAGCGGAGCUCGUAAUCGUGGUGGACGACGUCCUGGUCGUGGCUCUUGGAGAGGCCGGGCACGUUGA